CAAAUAUUUUCAUGUAUACAGUAAACAAGUUAUUUAAUAUAAAUCGUCUAAAGUGAAACAACCACUUAUACAAUGACUGUUGGAUGGGAAACAUUAGAUGUUGGAGAGCAGGCAUUAGUUUAUAACCAUGAAGGGGAAGCCAGGAUUGAAGAGGGACCUAAAAGGUUAUUUUUAUGGAGAGAAAGAUUUCAGAUACUAAAGAGGAAUGCAGUGAACCAGAACUCCUAUGCAAUUGUAAGGUACAAUGAUGGUCAAGUGGAACAUUUGAAAGGGCCAUGUGUUAUAUAUGAGAAUCCACUUCACCACAAGUUUGUGAAGGCCUAUCCAAUGGAAUCACUUGAUGCAAAUGAGGCUUUAGUUGUGUAUAAACAAGAUAAGGAGACCAACAAAGUCACUAGAUAUGUACAGUUUGGACCAACCUUAUUUAUGCCAAAAGCAGGCGAAUGGCUACAUGAAUUUUGCUGGCAUGGUAUAGAUCCAGACAACAAAACUAGUAUGAUACCAAACAGUAACAGAUUCUCAAGACUGAAAAUUAUUCCAGAUCAGUUUUAUUACAAUGUUGAUGAAGUGAGAACAGCAGAUGAUGCAGCUAUCAGAGUCAAGUUAAUGUUGUUUUAUGAACUAAAAGAUAUUGAUACAAUGCUAAAUGCCACCAAAGAUCCAUUUUCUGAUUUUAUAAACUGCGUCUGUGCAGAUAUUAUAGCUUAUGCUUCUAAAUACACGUAUAUAGAAUUCAUGGAAAAGUCUUCAGCGUUAAAUGAUCUAUCUAACUACCCACAGUUAUUAGACCGUAGUAAACAGAUUGGAUAUGAGAUCUCUAAAGUUGUCUAUAGAGGAUUCCAUACACAUGACAAGUUACAGAAACUUCAUGAUGGUGCAGUCAAAACCAGGACUAAUCUGAAAAUCGCUUAUGAAAAAGAAGAACAAGAACAAGAAAUGACUGACAUGAAACUGAAGAAUGAAAAAGACAGAAUACAACUAGAACACAAAUUGGAAGAAGAAAAUUUAUCACACAAACAAGAGUUGGAAAAAGAUAGAGUAAGACAUAAACUGAUGAUGGAACUUAAACAAGAACAGAAUGUUAGAGAUGUCUGGAUUCAGGAGAAUACAGCAUCAUUAGAGGGUAAGAAGUUACAAGAUGCUCAGACACUGAAGUACUACACAAACUUACAUGACCUAGGUGUUGACCUCAAUGGAUACAUACAGGCUAAAGCUCAACGUCCACAGAAAAUCAUCAAAGUAGUAGCAGAUAAAGAUUCAGCUAACUUCCAUCUUCAUCAUACCUAAAUAUAUUGACCUUUUGAUUUGAUGUUUUCAUUUUAUAACCAACUUUAUAUUGCAUUCACUGUGUCUGACUGUUUGUCUAUAUUUUCAUCUGUUUGUUUAUCUUUAAAACCAUUUUCCUGACAUUUUUUUAAGUUCUACUAAAUAGAACGAUUUAAAAUUUACAUAUUUCUUUUAUAUUUAAUUUCAUAAAACAUAUAUAUUAAACAGCCGAAUUAGACAUUAUUAUGAAAUCAAAGUGUCAUGCAUGACAUGUUAAAUUUAUGAAACAAGAAGGCUGACAUAUAUGAUCCUUUUCACACAUCAAUUCAAUAAAAAAAUAAUUCGGAAAAGAUUCAAUAUUUUCUGUGUUUGCAAUUUUAGGAGUCAGUAAUUUUGUAAUCAACAACAUGUUUUUUAAAAAAUACUGUAAACCAACUUAUUUUCGCGAUUUUCGCGAGUAGAAAAAAAACGCGAAUAUGUCAAUCUUUGAUCUUUCCUUAAUAAACUUCAUCAAUUUAAUCAGAUAAUCGCGAAAUUAAAUAGCCACAAAGUGGUCAAGAAAGGGUAAAACGCGAAAUAAAGUAUCCGCGAAAAUAAGUUGGUUUACAGUAUGUUAUACUUUCUCUGAAAAAUAUUGCACUAUUAUGUAUUUGUAUUUUUAAAUAUCAUUCAGGUUAUUUGUAUUGUCAACUUCUAUUGAGGUCCCCCUUAUAUGUUUUUAUUUAUUACUCAAACAUACUGUGAUAUAUAUACACUGAAUCUUUUAUAAAAUACUUUUUAAUCAUUAAGAGAAGAUAUUAUUGUAAUGUGAUCAUAAAUGACGGGUAAUUAGUACACCUGGUCUAAAUAUAUUUUUAUAAAAUAAAUGACUGGCUUUUGAUUGAAAAUGUUUGCUCAAGUGUCUUGUGAUAUUUUGACUUAUAGAAAAAAGUUCUGUUAAUAAUGCACAAGCUUAGCAAUGAACACUGUGCUUUUAUUAUUCAAGAUCUGACUUGUUCACUAUUUCUUUAUUUACCUUGCACUUUCAAGUCAUAUCCUUGUAUACAUAUAGGUAUAUGAUAACACCAGGAUCCUUGUUUACACAUAGGUAAAAAUAUCACCAGGAAACUGCUUGAUAGCUCACAAAUACUUGGAAUGAUUUAACAUUUAAUAUGAUAUUUCUUUUUACAGAUAUUCACUUAAGAAAUCUGUCUUUAUAUGACUGGAAUAUAAUUGUGAUUCAGGUUUCUAAAUUACUAUAUAGUCUGAGAAAUAUAUGCAAUUCAAAAUAAAUAGUUCUAAUGAUACUCUUAUUUAAGAAUUUUGAUUGAGGGUAUUUGUUUUAUUUGUGUAAGAAUAAAAGAGGUUUUGUUCAGCAUCCUAUAUAAUACCAGCCUGCUGAGUGGCUAACUUAUUAUUUGUUUUAUUUAUUUUAAAACAAGGGUUAACUCAGAGACAACAAUGCCUAUCAUUGUACUUUAAAAUACAGGGGACUCCUAGGAGAUUUAUAGUUUAGUCUUGAUAGAAUUUGUUUAUGGCUUAAAGCUGUUAGACCCAAUACACUUUGACAUACCCCUUGCAAGUUACUACCUAACAAGUUGGUACAAAAUUUAUUUAUAAUUGUUUAUAUUUUAUGUUGAUGCUGGAGACGCCCAGUUAAACUUUUUUUCUAUAUUUUAUUUGUGCAUGCUUUGAGGUAUUUAGAUAUAUAUUUGUAUAAUGAUCCAUCAGCAUUCAUCUUCUCAGGAAAAGUCACCAACAUUCCAUCACUCAUCCGAAAUAUAUAAUUUGAUAUUAACUACAUCUUCACUGAAUAUUCAAUACCUAACACCAUCAUGCAGCUUUAUUUUUUUUAAAUUGAUUGGGUUUUUUUAGGUCUAUGUUCAUGGCCAAUAGCAAUAUGAAUGGUUUAUUAUGGGAUAUGGAUAUUUAUUUUUGAACACAUCUUACAAGUUGGAACCAUAUAGUUGAUAACAUUUUUUAUAUCUAGAUGUGAUGUUGGUAUUCUUAUUCGCUUUACAACUAAAGAUAUUUAUUAUACAUUUGUGUUUGUUUGUUAUAUGCUCUUAAUAUCACCAAUCUAAUUGUGCAAUAUCCUUUUUUCACACUGUGUAUAUUUAAGA